AUGAACCCAAUCCUGCUUCUCCUCGCCGCAUCAGUCCCCGCCCGCAGCUGGCAGACCCCCCGCGGCAGCUGCACCGGCAAGGGCCGCUGCUGCCGCUGCACAACCCUCAACCGCCCCGACAACGGGCAGACAAACUGCGUGGCCAACAAGAUCGAGGCCGGCAUCAAGGACGACAACGGCGGCGGCCUCUUCUUCUGCGAGAUAGGCGAGCCCCAGUCGUGGAUCGCCCGGAUGUGCGCCGGGGAGGUGUACGACGUGUGCAGCCCCACGAGUCACUUCUGGGACCGCGGAUACGACUGCUGGGAUUGCUAG